UGGCUGCAGUCAUAUAUCAAUCUUAUAUUAUGAUGCUCUCAGUAAUACCAUCAUUAUCGUCGUCGGGUCGAACAGAUAGGAUAGCGAGCGGCAGCACUUGCGAUACAUCGUUGUCGGAGGAGGAGGAUGAUGAUCAUCUCAAGUGCAUGACGAAGCCGAAGAUGCACUCUAUCUGUUUCGCUGAUGAGGUCCCGGGAAGAGAUCAGGAGUUGGCUCAAAUCCAAUAUGUGGAGAGCUUCAAGGAGCAUAACAGAGCUUUCAACUAUAAGCCUGAUGUCCCUGUUGCUUCGGAGUUCGUGAAUAGGCGUCGUCCCUUUCGUGCGCCACAAAAUGUCUCACAAAUCAUGGCGAUGCCCUUCACAUCUCCCUCUAGCCGAGGUCGAGAGCUCUCACUUGAGUUAGCUUCCAGCUGUGCAUGGAACCGUAUGUAACUCUGGUAAAGCACACCGUUAUGAUGGAAGUAGUAGUAGUACGUACUGGGGUGUCAUUCAUUAUCAUAUUCCCCGUUAAAUGUGCUAGUAAAAAACAAUGCAACAUUAUCUAUCGUUAUUCACAAGGUAUUGCUACAUGGAAUGCUCUGCUGCGGCACUCCUAAGGCAUUCGUCUUGUUAUUACGAUAUCAUUUCAUUACUGACUCUUAUUCAUUUGACACCUUCUCUUCACUGAGAGGUCGAGUUCAGCUACUCGUGCUAGGAUAGCGCGCGAUAGUUGUACUCCGACGCUCGUGGAGGCUCUAUCAUCAUGAGCCAGGGCGUCGCCCCUUACUGAUAGUCAGCCUAGUCGUAGUGGUAACUGCAGCAGUGUCACUUAUAGUUGGAAUUUUGUCUCGACCAUCAUCCUCUCUUAUUAGCCAUUGAGUAGUCUUUGGACUGUAUACCAUUUUAAGGCAAUCUGGUUUGCAGUCUAUAGAGACGACCGUGUUGUGGCUAUACGACGGUGGUGAUGGUGAUAUGUUGCUGCUCUCGCUACUGAGUUCGUUACUCUUCUAUCUCUGUAUGACGUUACCGUUGAAUCACCCAAAUGUUGUUGCUCGAGGCAGCUCAGUUCUGAUGCAAGGCGAUUCAAACUUUAUCUCAUAUCUGAGUAG